UAUGUCAAUAAAUAACAGCCAACCCCCAAGUAGCCAUUCCUCAAUUACACCUAAACAACAAUCACAACAACAACAAAGACAAAGCCCCUCAACAACAAAAUUUUCCCCUCCAAGUAUUCCAACAAUUGAAGGGCCCUCCUCUUUUAGUAGACCAGUAUCACAACAACACACACCUUUACAAACACAAACAACAUUCCAAGCAACACCUGGAAUUCUUCAGCAACAACAGCAACAUUUAUUUAAUUGGUUAAGUUAUGCUACUUUAUUUAAUCAACAACAACAAAGGAAUUUUGCUUCUUUACAACAACAACGACUUCCACAAACAUUCCAACAUCAAAACAACAAUCAUUUGAACGGAAUAAAUUUAAAUUUGUUGUUGCAGCAAUUAGCAGCGCAACAACAACAAACCAAUAAUGGAUGUUGUAAUAAUAAUACUGCUUUUAGACCUGUUGCUUGUAAUUCUAAUCCUUCAACUACACAAUUUCCUCUACAUACGGCUGUUCCUCAAUCUCCCGUGAAUUUUAGAUUUGAGCAGACUGGGACAGGAACUGUUAAAAGAGAUAUUGUUGAUUCCUCGGCAACCAACCAAAAAUCAACCACCAAACGACGUUCUUCAAUGCACAGUCACAGCAGUAGUGCAACAAACUCAACUAGCUCCCAACAAGGCUACAAUUUAAAUUAUCCAACACAAAACCAAACAAUGGAAAACUUAACCAAUAACAAUUUUAAUUUGCAACAAGUCCCAAAAAUUAGACAAAAACAGCAAAGAAGGAAUGGCGGAACUGAAAAAGAUUUGGCCAGUGGUAAUGGGACAAAUACUGGGGGUCGUAUUCCAAAAAAGCAACGUAGAAUGAGUGUUGAUGGUGAUCAUCUUAUGACUUCAAAUGCUAUCACUUCCGUCGAAUCAACAUCCAUUAAAAAUAACAUCAAUAAUCAGCAAAAGAACAAUCUUGAUCAUUCCGGCCAUUAUGCUGUAUUACCAUAUAACUCUGUGGUACAACAACAAAAGCACCAGAAGCCUUCCUUAAAUGAACACAAUGCCAACAAUAUAAACAACCAUUAUGAAAACAAUAAUAUGCCCUCAAUGACCCAAAGUGUCUCUCCCAGUGGGUCGGGUUAUGGCUCUUCAUCCUCCCCAGCUGGCACUAUAGCCUCCCCCACAGAUGGAGAAUUUCGUAGGCGUACAAAUAUUUCUUGUGAAUGGGAUAAGUGCAAAGAAGUUUUUAAUAAUGAGGAUACUUUUGUGGAGCAUGUAAAUAAUGUACACGUGAGAAUGGAACAGGCCCCACAUUUCUUUUGUCGUUGGUCAAGUUGUAAAAGAGAGCAGCCCUUCAAUGCUCAAUAUAUGUUGGCACAACAUGUUAGAAAACACAGUGGAGAAAAGCCUUACACUUGCGAGCAUGUUGAUCCAGAUGGUGUUCGUUGUGUUAAAAGAUAUAGCCGUCUGGAAAAUCUUAAAACACAUCAACGUUCUCAUACUGGAGAUAGACCUUAUCAGUGUGCUCAUUGCAAUAAAACCUUUACAAAUGCUUCAGACAAAGCCAAACAUCAAAACCGAACACAUAAAGACGAAAAGGAUUAUGGAUGUCCAGUAUUUCAGUGUUCAAAGCGCUAUACAGAUCCCUCUUCACUCAGAAAACACGUUUUUCAUGAACAUGGGGAAACUGUUUGGACUUUUGCCAAAGCAAACAAAGAAAGGAAAAAGGCAAAAGAUUAUGGGCUAAUUGGAAUAAGGCCAGAUGGAACUCCUUACGCAAUGCCUUAUGGUGCUAGCAGUAGUGAUGAGGAUCGUGAAGUUGAUGUUUGUUAUACAACACCUCCUCCCGAAACAACAGGAGAACAUCAACAGCAACAUCAAAACGUUACAAAAUUACCAACACUUAGAGAACAUCACCAAGAAGAUGAUGAAAAUUGUGUUGAUUUAAUUGAAGAAAUAAUUCCCUGUUCUAAUGAAAGCGUGGAAAGGCAAAAACAAAAUAAUGGAGGAGGAGGGAAUUCUUUAAACAAUUCCCCAGCAACAAACAAUUCACAACAACAAAAUGUUGGGAAUUCUGUAGAAAAUCAGAGCAAAAAUCAGUCACCGUCUUCUUCCAUCCAAAAUCCUUCAAAUCCUUCACAGCUUCAAAGACAACCUUCUUUGGAACAGAAACAACAAUUUCUGUCUAAUAAUGGUUCUCCAAGUCAAAAUUCUGAGGGUGGAAUAAUUAACCAGUCUAAGCCUUCGAAUAAAUCACUUGCGUCUGUUGCUCCAAUGCUACAAUAUUCUCCGCAACAAGGGUUUAACUGGCAGGAUUCAACCGGGCUUCAGCCUAAUAGUAACGCAUCCAACAAUCCACCACCAUCCUCACAAAAAAGAGUCACGGCUACAGUUGCCCCUGGUUUGCGGCGUCAAUACGAAGACAAUAGCCAAUGGCUUGAAUCAACUACAGACUCCAAUUCCCCUAUUACCCAAAUGCAACGUUUUAGCAUUUCAAAUACUCCACAAAACGAGGUUUUAUUGCAACAACAAGCUUUUAGACAACAACAAACAAAACAACAAAAUGUUUGGCCUACAGACACAGGGCAGUCAACAACAAGAAGUGUUCCUUUUAACCCUUCUAUUCCUCAACAACAACUAAAACAUCCUUCUUCCUAUUUUUAUAAUAGAAACACAACAAACGAGGAUUUAAUGUUGUCAACAACAUAUAAUUCCAUACCCAGUCCAGAUGUUUCUAAACAUUUGCAACAACAACAAACAUUUUACUCUCCCCAACAUUCAAACGAACUAGGGACAACAGUAGCAACAAAUGUUCAAAAUGUCAUUCCUGUUGAUAAUAGAGUUAAAUCAAAAUGGACAACUGAACAACAACAGAAUGAAGGAUUUGCUCUAGAUAAUUCUAUUAUGCCUGUUGCUGCUGAUUAUACUGUUGAAAAUACACCUGUUCAACAAUAUCGUCAUUAUGGUUAUCACCCAAAAUUCUAUUAUCAAAAUCAACCAACUCAUUCAGACUCAACUGUCUCUUUUGUGCCUACAGCAGAAACAUCGUUUUCAGGCUAUCCCCAACAUUGUCAUUCACAACAACAGCAACAACAAAACUUUCAACAAAAACAGCAACAAAACAAGCAACAAAACAGACAACAUGUAUAUCAUAAUAAUCAAAUGCUUCCAUCUCUUUUGUCACCAGAAACAUCGCCUUUGCAAACAAACAAUGUUGUUCCUUCUAAUUAUACUCCUCAACAACAUCAAAAGCAACAACAAAGACAACAAGAAUAUCACCAACAACAAUAUCAACAAACACACCCUUUUUCUGUUAUUGCAAACACACAACAACAUUAUGAUGUUUACCAACAUCAGCACCAUUUAAUGUUCGGUCAAAAUUAUCAACAUUAUAACCAACAAAUGGGAGGACAACAUUCACAAUCACAACAAUCCCAACAAUGUUUUCCUAAAAACAAUAUUCCUAAAAACAAUGUUUCUAGACAACAAAAUGUUGGAGUCAAUUACAACAAUUAUCCAACCCAACAACACUAUUCCCAACAAAAACAUCAACAGCAACAUUUGGAAGGAAGAGGGAUGUUUGAACAAACAUCCUUUAAUUACCAACAACAACAAUGUUCGAAUUACCAACAACAAAAACAUCAACACGCCUUGCCAUUACAACAUCAACAACAACAUUUUGACUCUACUCAACAACAACAAAUGUUGCCUCAACAACAAACAAUGGUUUGCCAACAGCAACAAUUACCACCACAAAAUUUACCUUCUAUUGACGAUGAGGAUUUGGAUGAAGAAGCUAGUAGUCUUAUAAGUGAUUUGCAAAUUAGCAAACAACAGAGAUAGGAUUGUUUAAAAAUAUGAGA